UCGUCUAGCACCUCGCCAAUAACAGGAUGCCGUGCUUAGAGAAUUCACCCGCAACAAUUUCACCUUCUGAUAAUAAGGAUCCAGACAAAGGAUUACAAAGGAAACGAAGGAAAGGCCACGGGUUCCGCUACGAAGAGCAAGUCAUCGCACUGGUCUUCCUCCGCUGCCUCACAAAUCAGCUCCCAAACUUCGAGCUGACGUCCGAUAACCGCAGUGUUUGGCACAUAUUUGACGACAUCGUUGUUACAUGGAACAGCGUGGACAAUCUGGGUGAAAAAUACAUCUUGCUGGUGCAGUUGAAACAUAAGGUGUCUAAGAAAUAUAAAAUACUCACGGAAGCUGACCUGUUUCCAAAGAAGAAAAACAAAUCCAAUGAUAAUUUACUUGCUAAUGACUGGACCAACGCGUUCGCCAAUGACUGGGCCGAUGACUGUGCUGAUGACUGGCUUAAUGAUUGUGCCAAUGACUGUGCUGAUGACAGUGGCAAUGACUGUGCAAAUGACUGUGCUGAUGACUGCACUGAUGACUUUGCUGAUUGGGUUGAGGAGUGGCCUAAUGACCACGCUAGUGACAGUGGCAAUAAAUGCUCUGAUGACUGUGCUGACUCUGCUGAUGACUGGCUUAAUGAUUGUGCCAAUGACUGUGCUGAUGACAGUGGCAAUGACUGUGCAAAUGACUUUCCUGUUAACUGCACUGAUGACUUUGCUGACUGGAUUGAGGAGUGCCCUAAUGACCAGGCUAGCGACAGUGGCAAUAAAUGCUCUGAUGACUGUGCUGACGAUUGUUUUGACAGCUGGGCUUAUGGCUGGACCAAUGACUCUGCUGAUGACAGUGAUAAUGAUUCUUCUGGUGACUCUGCUGAUGACUGUGGUGAUGACAGUGAUGAUGACAGUUCCAAUGACUGUGACAAAGGCUGGGCCAUUGACUGGGCUGAUGAAUGGACCAAUGUCUGUGCGAAUGACUAUGCCAAUGGCUGUGUUGUUGAUUGCGCCAGUUAUUGUGCUGGUGACAAUGAUUAUGACUGUUCCAAUGACUCUGCUGACGAUGGUAAUUAUGGUUAUUCCAAUGACUCUGCUAUUCACUGUGCUGAUGGCUGGGCUGAGGUCUGGCUCAGUGACUGGGCCAGUGGCUGUGCUGGUGACAGUGGGAAUGACUGUCACAAUGAAUAUGACAAUGAGUGUGCUGAUGGCUCUCCUGAUGAUUGGACUCAUGACUGUUGCAAUGACAGUGAUGAUGGCUGUGCCAAUGACAGUGAUGAUGACAGUGCCAAUGACAGUGAUGAUGAUAGUUCCAAUGACUGUGACAAAGGCUGGGCCAUUGACUGGGCUGAUGAAUGGACCAAUGUCUGUGCAAAUGACUAUCCCAAUGACUGUGUUGUUGACUGUGCCAGUUAUUGUGCUGGUGACAAUGAUUAUGACUGUUCCAAUGACUCUGCUGACGAUGGUAAUUAUGACUGUUCCAGUGACUCUGCUAAUUAUUGUGCUGAUGGCUGGGCUGAGGUCUGGCUCAGUGACUGGGCCAGUGGCUGUGCUGGUGACAGUGGGAAUGACUGUCACAAUGAAUAUGACAAUGAGUGUGCUGAUGGCUCUCCUGAUGAUUGGACUCAUGACUGUUGCAAUGACAGUGAUGAUGGCUGUGCCAAUGACAGUGAUGAUGACAGUGCCAAUGACAGUGAUGAUGAUAGUUCCAAUGACUGUGACAAAGGCUGGGCCAUUGACUGGGCUGAUGAAUGGACCAAUGUCUGUGAGAAUGACUAUGCCAAUGACUGUGUUGUUGAUUGUGCCAGUUAUUGUGCUGGUGACAAUGAUUAUGACUGUUCCAAUGACUCUGCUGACGAUGGUAAUUAUGACUGUUCCAGUGACUCUGCUAAUUAUUGUGCUGAUGGCUGGGCUGAGGAGGUCUGGCUCAGUGACUGGGCCAGUGGCUGUGCUGGUGACAGUGGGAAUGACUGUCACAAUGAAUAUGACAAUGAGUGUGCUGAUGGCUCUCCUGAUGAUUGGACUCAUGACUGUUGCAAUGACAGUGAUGAUGGCUGUGCCAAUGACAGUGAUGAUGACAGUGCCAAUGACAGUGAUGAUGAUAGUUCCAAUGACUGUGACAAAGGCUCGGCCAUUGACUGGGCUGAUGAAUGCGCCUAUGACUCUGCCAAUUGUGGCGAUGAAUGUGCCAUUGAAUGGUCUGACAACUGGGCCAAUGACCAUGCCGUUGACAGUACCAAUGACUGUGCCAAUGAUUAUGCUGAUGACUGUGACAGUUACUCUGUCAAUGACUGUGCUGAUUAUUGGACUGAUGACUGUGCCUGUUACUGUGCUGAUGACAGCGCCAAUGACACUGCCAGUGACAGUUCUGGUGACUGGGCUGAUGACUGUGUCAAUGAGAAAGCCAAUGAGAAUGCCGAUGUCUAUGCCAAUGUCUAUGCCAAUGACUAUAGUGAUGACAAUGCCAAUUACUGUUCCAGUGUCAAUGAUGAUGACUGUGACAAUGACUAUAUCUAUGAGCAUAGCAAUGACUAUGCCAAUAACAGUGCUAAUGACUGCUCUGAUGACUGUUCUGAUGACUGGAAUAAUGAAUGGACUGAUUGCCGGGUCAGUGAGAGUGCCGAAGACAGUGCCAAUGUUUGUAAUGAUGACAGCACUGAUGACUGUGCCGACGACACUGCCAAUAACACUGCAAAAGACGGUGUUGAUGACUAUGCCAAUGACUAUGCCGAUGAAAGUGUCGAUGAUGCAAAUGACUAUGCUGAAGAAAGUGAUGACAACUAUGCUGAUGACUACGUCAAAGAAAAUGCUGAUGACUAUGCUGAAGAAUAUGACGAUGACUAUGCCGAAGACUAUGCCGACGACAAUGUCGACAAUUAUGCUGACAACAGCGGCAACAAAGACACUGAAGAAAAGGCCGACUACUAUCUCGAUUACUAUGCUGACAGCUAUUCCAAUGACUAUUCCGACAACUCUACCGACAUUUAUGCCUACGACUAUACUGCUGAGUACGCAGAGAACUGUGGCUUCGACUACGCCGACGACUAUGUCAGCGACAAUGUCGACGACGAUGAUGAUUAUGCUGACGACUGUGACGACAACAAUGUCGACUACUACGCCGACUACGAUGGUGAUGACUAUGACAACAGCUGUGACAUAGACCAUGCUGGCAACUACGCCAACUGCUAUGCUAAUGACUAUUUCUCCGACAAUGAGAACGAUAAUGUCGAUGACAAUUCCAAUGACUGCUACAAUGACAACUCCAAUGAUAUGUCCUAUAAGAAAUACCCCUUCGCCAUUAUCAAUUAUUGGAAAUCUUUCAAUAAAUUUAAAAAUAAACUACAGGAUUACAGCUGCUAUGCACUGGUGUUAUUAACUAACGCCCCCCUGAAGCGAAAUGCAGGUCCUUUUUCAAGGAUGAUAGUCACGAACACGGUUGCUGCGCCAUGUUCAAACAUUGUUGAGAGAAACAAGCUGCUAGACUUGGGCGGCGACAUGUACAAACUCAAAGUGGGUCCGAUGGUUCCGAAGGCAAUUAAAGACGACCGCGACUUUGUGGGGCAUUUCUUCUUUCAUUGUGGCCAAAAGCACGUUGAGGAAAUAAAGGAAGACAUCUGCAAGGAGCUCCAGCACCUAUUGGGCUAUCCUGGACUUGAAGAAACACACAGGGCAUGCGAAGAACUGUGCCAGUGUGUGGAGAAAUGGAAAGAUGGGCAAUGUAAAAACCCGGAAAAGCUAUCCAGUAGCUGGUCUGAGUGGAAAGACAUUGAAAGCAGGUACAGUGUGCUGCGGGCCACGGGGAAACACAGUCUAAUGAAUGACACCGCGAAAACCUGAGAGAUCACAAAUGUGUUUCUUUGGGUCUUCUGGUCAUUUUGAGCACUAACUUUGCUUUUAAAGUCUUGCUACUGUAGAUACGUUGCGUUAGUCAUUGCUACCUAUAACCUUUCCAACAAAAAAUUCAAUUUAAUAACUUCGUAUUUUGAGUUUUAUUAUGCCUGUAGAUACAGGUAAGAACCGUAUUAAGGUACCAUAUUUAAUGCUGCUGUAUGGACGAUGUAACC